AGGCCCCGCCCCCGAUGAAAUUCCAGCCUAGUUCGGCCUAGGCAUUACGCUGAGACCGCCAAGCGCUUGCAGACCAUGGCCGUGAUCUUGGGUUAUUGGGACAUCCGCGGGCUUGCUCACGCGAUCCGCCUGCUCCUGGAGUACACAGACUCACCCUACGAGGAGAAGAAGUACACCAUGGGGGACGCUCCGGACUAUGACAGAAGCCAGUGGCUGAAUGAAAAAUUCAAGCUGGGCCUGGACUUCCCCAAUCUGCCCUACUUAAUUGAUGGGGCUCACAAGAUCACCCAGAGCAACGCCAUCCUUCGCUACAUUGCCCGCAAACACAACCUAUGUGGGGAGACAGAAGAGGAGAAGAUUCGUGUGGACAUUUUGGAGAACCAAGCUAUGGACACCUCCAAUGAGCUGGCCAGGGUCUGCUAUAGCCCUGACUUUGAGAAACUGAAGCCUGGGUACCUGGAGGGCCUCCCUGACAAGAUGAAGCUCUACUCACAGUUUCUGGGGACGAGGCCUUGGUUUGCUGGGGAGAAGCUCACUUAUGUGGAUUUCCUGGCUUAUGACAUCCUUGACCUGCACCGAAUAUUUGAGCCGAAGUCAUUGGAAGCAUUCCCGAACCUGAAGGAGUUCAUGGCCCGAGUUGAGGGCCUGAAGAAAAUCUCUGCCUACAUGAAGUCCAGCCGCUUCCUCCCGCACCCGAUAUACUCAAAGCUUGCUGUGUGGGGCAGCAAGUAGGACUGAGUGAGGGUAGCUGCUGGCAAGAAGCAGUGCUGUGUUGUUGGGCUGUGGCCCUGGAGCACAGCUGGACCGCCCUGAAUCCCUGGAACCAGCGAUCUUACUUCUUCCCCUCCUGUUCUUUCUGGUAACUCGCAUUCAGCCUUAUUGGGCCCCUUUACCUUCCCCAAUGCAAAUUUGUCUAGGACCUUUAAAGGUGAACAGCACCCCACUUUUCUUCACCCGAGUGCCCCGCAGACAUGAUCCUUCCUGCACACUUUUCUUCCCUGAGUGCUGGUUCUGUGUGUGGAGUCCGACCGCAUCCCUGGCCCUCGGGCUCUGCCUGAGUUCCCCAGGCACUGCCUGAAGACUGGGGUGCAGGC